ACCGGUCACCAGCAGGUGUCUUCAAUCACACAUGAGAACCCCUACAGUACCCCUGCUCACUCCCCCGACCCUGAGCGCGCGCUCUCGUUACCGGGGAGUGUGGAGUAGACGCGCGCGCUCUGUGUGCAGAUGCGGAUGUGUGCAGUCGGUGUGUCAGUGUCAGUGUUAGUGCAGCAGAAUGAAACACACCCCGAGUUACAGGCGCGUGCAGGUGAACAGGUGGAGUACAGAGAUGGAAAGGGUUUGAUUUAAGCGCAGUGAGAUGCGGCGCUGAGGAUUAAAUCGGUGCGUCGCUGCGGGGUGUGUGUGUGUGUUUGUGUGUGAGUGUGAGUGUGUUGAACUGAGUCUGUGCAGCUUUCAGUCGGUAAAACUGCACCCAUGAGUGAUUUUACAGACGCACCGGGGAGUCAUUUCCGCGCCUCGGACUGGGCGGUGAGUGAUGCGCGCGCGGACAUGAUGGACACACACGGUAUGUUGUUAGGCCUAGCUGAGGAUGCUGCCUACUCGGACCCGGACUAUCUGGACCCGAACUACACAGACAGCGAGGUACCGACGGCGAGACCGCGCCCGAGCACGCGCAGCCGGUCCGGAGAGGUGACGGAGCUCGAGGCGCAGGAAGUGCGCUGGUUCUACAGAGAGGACAAGAGGAACUGGAAGCCCUUCGUGGGACACGACUCUCUAAAGAUCGAGCUGGCGCACCGGACACUGUGCGCGCUGAUGGAUGCGCGUGAGGGCGUGUUUGAGCCGGAGGACAGUGUGUGUGAGUGUGAGUGUGUGUGUGAGGACGUGGGUGUGGAGGCGGUGUGUGUGCGCGGAGGACUGUACGAGGUGGAUGUGAAGGAGAAGGAGUGUUAUCCGGUCUACUGGAACCAGCAGGAGCGUAUCCCGGUGAUGAGAGCGCAGUGGUUUACAGACGGCACGUGGCUCCCGCUGGACGAGGAGGACGGAGACCUGAUAGAGCUGGAGCAUUUAGCAAAAUUUAGGGGAUAUCGAAUCGAAGAUUCCCUCGAAACUGAGGGAGUGAGCACAUCGCCUGAGAGCAAGGAGGUGAUGCACAGUGUGAAGUUGAGUCGCAGUCAUGUAGACUGGCACAGCGUGGAUGAAGUUUAUCUGUACAGCGACGCCACAACGUCUAAAAUCGCUCGAACCGUCACACAGAAACUCGGAUUCUCCAAGGCCUCCAGUAGUGGGACACGUCUCCAUCGUGGUUAUGUGGAGGAGGCGGCUCUGGAAGACACGCCCCCUGCCGCCACCCACAUUGUGUUUGUGGUGCAUGGGAUUGGUCAGAAAAUGGACCAGGGGCGGAUCAUCAGGAACACCAGCAUGAUGCGCGAUGCAGCGAGGAAAAUGGCGGAGAAGCAUUUCUCAGAGCGGACGACGGAGCACGUGGAGUUCCUGCCUGUGGAGUGGAGAUCGAAGCUCUCUCUGGACGGAGACACGGUGGACUCGAUCACGCCUGAUAAAGUGCGAGGACUGAGAGACAUGUUGAACAGCAGCGCUAUGGACAUCAUGUACUACACCAGUCCACUGUACAGGGACGAGAUAACGCGAGGUCUGACCUCAGAGCUGAAUCGUCUCUACACACUGUUCUGUUCCCGUAACCCCGAGUUCGAGGAGAAGGGCCGAGUGUCUAUCGUCUCGCACUCGCUCGGCUGCGUCAUCACCUACGACAUCAUCACUGGCUGGGACCCCGUCUGCUUACAUCAUCAGGAAGUGCCGGUCGCCGUGGAGACGGACCCUCUGUGGAGCAGCAGCCAUGAAGAGAGACUGGUGGAGGAGCUUCAGCGCACACGCAUAAGGUUAAGGGAUUUGGAAGAUCAGUUUCAGAGCCUGAAGUCCUCGAGGAAUUCUCCAGCAUUAAAAUUCAAGGUGGAGAACUUCUUCUGCAUGGGUUCUCCGCUGUCAGUGUUCUUGGCUCUGCGUGGGGUUCGUCCCAGUUCCUGCAGAACUCAGAACCACAUCCUGCCACGCUCCAUCUGUACCAGACUCUUCAACAUCUUCCACCCCACAGACCCGGUGGCGUACAGACUGGAGCCUCUGAUCCUGAAACACUACAGUAACAUCGCUCCUGUGCAGAUAAACUGGUACAACACCAGCAGCCCCACCCCGUAUGAUGACAUACGGCCAGUGUUUCUGACACCGCUGAAGGAGGGAGUGUAUCUGUCAGAGGGGGAAAACACACCGAGUCCCUGUACAUCUCCCCCUCAGCAGCGCAGAAUGGGAGAGUCCAUCACCAACCUGGGGAGGGCUAGCAUCAUGGGAGCGGCGAGCAUCGGAAAAGGUAUUGGUGGAAUCCUGUUUUCCCGUUUCUCCCGUUCGGCUGGGCAGGGGGGCGGAGCUGAAGAGGAGCCAAUCAACUCAGAGGUGGGGCCAUUUGAGACAGAGGGUGGGGCUAUCGGAGAUGAGGGCGGGGCUACAGAAGUAGAAGACAAGAUGGAGGAGAAGACAGAGAGAGAGAAUGGCAUACCCCAGUCCACGUCCACCAUCAUGGACAACUCUACACUCUUGGAGCUGGAUCGGCGUAUUGACUUUGAGCUGAGGGAGGGGCUGGUGGAGAGCCGCUAUUGGUCAGCGGUGACCUCACACUCGGGCUAUUGGUGCUCAUACGACGUGGCUCUGUUUCUGCUGACGUUCAUGUACGGAGAGGAUACCACGCACGGAGAAGAGGAGGACACUGCUGAGUCAUAACACUAACACACACACACACACACACACACACACACACGCGGCGUGUGUUGAUGUUACGUUCCUGUUCUUACAUUCAGCUACAGUUUAUGAAUCUCACCUGCUAGGAUCAGUCGCUCAUUUAGCUAGUGCACGAUCCGCUACAGCACUGUUUACAAUCGGAGCUGUGUUUGUAGCUAAGCUAACACGCUAGCAAGUGAUUGUGAAUAAACAAAUCUGCACAUCAGUUUAACAUUUGAUCUCAGUCUAUGAUAUUAUUACAGUCUUGUAGUUAAGAUGAAUAGCUGCUGCCAGGUACAGGGUUUAAACAUAAACAAACUUCAGCUUUUUUCUUGCGGCAUGUUCAUGACCCAGCGGAUUUACAUUUAGCCACGCCCACAAAACUCCAUAAAAGGCCGAGAGAGCUGAAAAUGACAAAAUGGUGACUAAGGGUAAGUUCACACUACACGACUUGCUCUGUUGCAGUCGGGAGUCGUGAAGUUAUUGUGGUGUUCACACUGUGAUUGCUCGGAGACAGGAGGUCACACACUACACCAUCUGACGACGACUCUAACACCCGAAGACUCUAUCUGGUCUACAAGCGACGUUUUAUCACGAAAACACACGUGAGCAGUGACACGGAUAUAUGCCGUGAAAACCACACGUGAAACAGGAGUUAUUAUUUGAAGAUGGACGUAGGACAGAAACGUGCGGUGUGAGCUGUUUGAUUUGUGCUGAAGAAACGCCAAGCAGGAAAAGAGAAAGAAAGUGUGUGAGAGAAUGGAUGAGUGCACGCGGGCAGCGGGGAUUGUGGGAUUGUGUGUGGAGGUGAGGAAAAAUGUUUAAUAAUGACAAGCCUGUUUCUCAGAAGGAAGGUUUCGCGUGUUUCACUUCCUUGCGGUGACAUCACCCCAUGCCUUGCUCUCUCAUUGGCUGUAACUCAUCGCCGCAGUCACUGCCAGUGACGACACUUUUCACACCACGGGAUGUGGAGUCACCCGACAGCUCCUGAUAUUUAGCAUGCCAAAUAUCUGUGUGGCGUCGGCGAGCCUCAGCGAUGCAUUGUUGAGUAGUUCAUAAAUAACAAUCGACUGCUGAUUGGCGAGCGCCAAUUCCAUACCGAGUUUCUGAUCAAAGGGUUUUUGUCGGAGAGCUCGGCGACUUUUAAAUCAGGCUUAGAACUAGGCUUAAACAGUGAAGGAGUGCCUCCUGAGCGUAACGUGUUAAAUCUUCCAGUGAUGCAGCUCAGCCACUGCAGCGCAUGAGUUACUAUAGACGCACACUACCUCCUCCUGCUUUUAUAGGGUGCCAUUACUUUUGUCCUCAUUGAAAGGCUGGUUUAAUUUGUUUUGGACUCGGGUCAUUAAGCUUUUCAGCACCACAGUUCUUGUGUAAAAGCUCCUGAGAGCGAUUUACGAAAUAAAUUCACUCCUGUACAGAGCGAGAGAACGAGGCCAGUGUUACACAUUUAUUUAUAUAAAAUAAUUAGAGCGUUAUAUCCGAGUGGUGCAGUCACAUGAUUCUGUAACAGAGCUGAUCGUUUUAAUGUUUACAGUCAGAUAUACUGCGAAGAGAACGGAAACCUUACUGAAUGUUAACUGUUCAAAAUGUAAAACAUGUUCUAAUAUCUAUACAUGUUCUGUACCAGGGCCUGGUUUUACCAGUGUUCCGUUACAGACACUGUUCAUUGGCUGAAAUCACUCACAUGACCACUUACACUAACGAUGACAUCAUUGGGGUGACCCCCCCCCCCACC